UAAUCUAAUGAAAACCAGUGAAACAUCAGAUGAUGGUGACCAGUUUAUUGAUGAAGACAUUUUUAAAACAGAAGAUACUGAAACGCAAUUAUUGCCUUGUUUAAGUACCGAAUUAGGAAAUUGGGCAAUCCGACAUAAUAUUACACAUGCAGCUCUAAAAGAUCUCCUACAAAUAAUCAAGAGACAGUAUGAUUCUAGUUUAUUUAUCGAUGCUAGAACAUUAUUAAAAACGCCACAAAAUACGAAAAAAAGUUGUAAAGUUAUACAGGGUGGAGAAUAUUAUUGGCAUCAAGGUCUUGACGUUUGUCUAACGAACACUUUUAAAAACUUGUCAAAAGACAUGUUAAUACAGCUCAAUGUAAAUAUAGAUGGGUUGCCAAUAUAAAAAAAAGUUCCAAACGUCAGUUUUGGCCAAUUUUAUGUAGCAUAUAUGAAAUGCCUGAUAUACAACCUAUGAUUGUUGGCAUUUUCCAUGGAAAUAACAAGCCUCUAGAUAUAAAGGAAUUUUUGGAGCCUUUUGUUGAGGAUGUUAAGCGGCUGCAAUCAAAUGGACUCUGUGUUAAUGGGCAUAUGAUUCACAUAAAAAUUAGAUGCUUUAUCUGCGAUUCACCUGCACGGGCAUUUAUUAAAGGUGUAGUCAAUUUCAAUGGGAUUAAUGGAUGCCUUAAAUGCACUACUGAAGGCGAAUAUUCUUAUCUUUCUCGAACUGUUGUAUUUCCUGAUAUAAAAUGUCCUCUUAGAACUGAUGCAAAAUUCAGAAGUAAACAUUAUGGUAAGCACCAUAAAGGGCAAGAGUCACCAAUUUUGAAAAUUUCCGAAGUUGACAUGGUGCAGGAUUUUAUAGUAGCAGAUGAACUACAUCUUUUAGAGCUAGGUGUGAUGAAGCGUUGUCUAACAGGAUGGAAAGAUGGUUCUAUGGGUUUCUCAAGUAAGCUAUGUGCUCGUGAUAUUGAGAGGAUCUCCAAACAUUUAAUAUCUGUGAAACUUCCAUCUGAAAUUCAUCGUUCCACAAGAGGAUUAGAUUGCCUGGCAUACUGGAAAGGAGUAGAAUGGCGCAAUUUUCUUAUUUAUAUUGGAAUUGUUAUUUUAAAAGAUGUGUUGAACACUGACGUUUAUAAACAUUUUUUACUUCUUUUUGUUGCUGUUAGAAUAUGUUCUUCUGACAUGUAUGCUGAAAAUCGUUCGGUUGCCCAAUUAAUGUUUGAAAAAUAUAUAGAUGAUUUUAAGAUUAUUUAUGGCGUACAACUUAUUACAAGCAACAUUUAUAACUUAGAACAUGUGGUUGAUGAUGUUAAUAGAUUUGGACAACUUUUUACAAUAUCUACGUACCAUUUUGAGAAUACAUUAUUUCAACUAAAAAAAUUAUUGCGCCAAGGAAAUAUAUAA